GGGCUGUCUGGCCGGGGUUGGGGGCUGUGAGAGGGGAGCUGGCUGCUGGCGGCGGCAGGGCCAGAAGAGCGAGUUGGGGGAACGGAAGGAAGGGAGGGAGGAGGGCGGCCGGGCUGGCGGCGGAGUCCCAGGUGCACCUCCCAGGAAGAAGAAACUAAAUGAGUAACAUGAAGUCCAAUAGGAUCCCAUUUUUUAUGAUUUCGAAUCAGGGAAGUAAAAGUAAACCACUGAUCUCUUUCCCAGGUCUUACCUUGUGUUUUACUACUUGAAACAAACACCCAACUUUGCUUUUUUUUCCUUGGCUGCCCAUUGGGGCAUGCAGGGGAUCCCAGUUCCCAGACCAGGGAUCGAACCUGGGCCCCUUGCAGUGGAAUUACAGAAUCCCAACCACUGGACACCAGGGAAGUCCCCACCCAGCUUUCCUAAUAAUACUCAUGAUGUCUGUAGGCAAAUCCUCAAAAAAAAGGCCUCGUACAAGUUUAUCAAGCAGCAAAACUAAACAAAAUGAAUCUAACUCUAUUAUUUCUUUUUUUAACAAUGCACCCCCUGCUAAACUUGCCUGCCCUAUUUGUAGUAAGAUGGUGCCAAGAUAUGACCUGAACCGGCACCUUGAUGAAAUGUGUGCUGACCACGACAACAUGACUCCAGGUGGUCCUGGGCAUGUCGGCCUAAGUUCAAACGUGCCCACCAUAGAUUUGACCAAUAUUGCCUUAGAAGAUAUAACGCCAGAGAAGUCGUCACCAUCAACGAUAAAUUUAACCCCUUGCCAAAAUGAUUCAGCGAAAAUGGGCAAAAAACAGCAGACCAGCCCCUACUUUAAAAGUAAAGGUGACUCGGUGUGCAGAAAUCAAGAAGAGCUGAGACAUCAUAAUGUAAAAGUCAUUUCUCUGGGAAGCCUGUCCUCUAAAUUGUCCAGAAGAUACAUAAAGGCUAAAAGAUCCCUGAAUCAGAAUGAGGGGUUCACUAAUCAGAGUCUGCAGAGGUCCUCAUGCACCAGGGUUAAGAGCCUGGUUGAUCAGCAUUUGGAGGUGGAGGGCCAGGAUCCACUUCUGGAGAACAGCUCUCAAAAGGAGAACAUAUUUACUGGUGAUUCCCAGGAGGAGCUGAGCACCCCAGCACAUACAGUGGAAAGCACUAUGGUGGAGGAAGCUGAAGGCCAGACAGCUGCCCAGGAAUGUGAGCAAUCAACCCUAACACCUGCCUGCACAGGUGAUGUGCCUGUGUUUUCAUCAGAUUUAAUUCUCGGGCAUAGAAAGUCUGCUCCUAAGGACCAUCUUGCAAAGCAGGAGAGUGUCAAAGGAGUAGAUGGUGAAGUUACUGAAAAAUGUGAGACAGGUCAUUAUGAAGAGGUGAAAAUGACUGUUGUUUCAGAAGUGACAAAUCAGGGCUCACAUCGGGAGGCAAAACCUCCAAGUUCCACAGUUGGUGCUUCUAUACAGACCAACAGCCAAAUGCUUCCUCCAGAAUCUGACAGUAGCUUAGAGGAUAAAAUCACUCAUCAGAUGCCUUUGGAGAAGAGGUCAAGCUGUGAUGUGUCCUGGGUCACAAGUCCAGAAGUGCCAGACCAUCCUUACUACCUUCGGAGUUUCCUGGUGGUGCUGAAAGCUGUGUUUGAGAAUGAAGAAGACAGGAUGCUCUUUGAUGAACACGAGAAGGGCCUUGUAACUAAGUUUCAUCAGUUAUCAGCCAAUGGUCAGAAGUUAUACGUAAGACUUUUUCAACGUAAAUUUGGCUGGAUUAAGGUGAACAAGCUGGCCUAUGAAGAGAUCUCUGCUGACUUAACCCCUGUGGUUGGAGAGCUGACACAUGCAGGCUUCCUGCAGACAGAAUCUGAGUUGCAGGAACUCCCUGAGGUGCUGGAGCUCCUUUCUGCUCCGGAACUGAAAGCCCUGGCAAAGACCUUCCACCUGGCAAGUGCCCAUGGGCAGAAGCAGCAGCUGGUGGACGCGUUCCUCAGAUUGGCCAAGCAGCCUUCAGUCUGUACUUGGGGCCGGAACCAGCCUGGCAUUGGCGCAGUGAUCCUGAAAAGUUUCAGGUGAACAGCGAAGGAACUUGUUACAGUAAGAACUUUUGAGUUGUUGGUUGGGCUUCCGUGGUGGCUCAGUGGUAAAGAAUCUGCCUGCAAUUCAAGAGACCUGGGUUCCAUCGCUGGGUCAGGAAGAUCUUCUGGAGAAGGAAAUGGCAAAUCACUCCAGUAUUCAUACCUGGAGAAUUCCAUGGACAGAGGAGUCUGGCAGGCUACAGUCCAUAGGGGUCACAAAGAGCUGGACAUGACUGCACUACUAACACACACACACACACACACAGCACAUACUAAGGUCUUAAAACGGAUGGUACGUGUUUCCAGAUUGUGAUUGUUUUUGCAAUUGCUGCCAUACUGAAAAGGCAGAGAACCUUAAUGAUCAGGUCUGGAUUCUUUCUUGGGUUAGCUUUUGUAAUUCUUGUCAUAACACACUGAUUUCUAGGACAAGAAAAGCCAAGAGCCAAGAGGUUAGAGGCACUGGGCCCUUAGCAUAUUCUAGUGUUUUGUUACUCAAGAAAAAUGCAGUUUUAACUACUCUCCUAAACAAGAUUUAAACAUGAAUUAUCCAGCCAAAUUUUUAUUUCAGUAGACUUUUUAUUGAAACAUGAUCUGUCAGCAAUAAUAUGCAAUUUCUCUUGAGUUGAAACAUUAAAAUUUUCCAAAAGCUGUGUGGAUGGUUUCUUUUGUCCUUAUACAAGCUCCUGAACAGUUUCAGGUUAGGAAAGAUCAUAAAAAUCUCAGAAUUUAUUUCUUCUGCCCAUGUUAUGUCUAAAGUAUAACUAUUAUCAACCUUAGUCUAGAAAUCCACUUUCCAGUGUUGUUGAAAAUGAGAUGAGAUGCUUUUGGCAAACAGUUUAAAGCAACGUCAUUGUUAUUUUAUAUAAUGUGUGUGUGUGUGUGUGUGUGUAACUUUGAGCUGUUAAUGUGCCAAGAGCCAUCCUUAUUGGGAAGAUACUACAAAUAUUAAUCUUAGUAAAACACAGGCAUAAAUAAGGCAUACAUUAUUAAGAAAAAUGUCACUGUCAACAUUUCAAAAAGUUUAUACUGUAGAUUUUCCAAAAGUAUUUAACUAGAUUAUGUAUUUAUACUUAAUUGAUUUAGGGGUAUAAGAUCCUCAUCCCUGUGGUUAAAUGUUUUCUAAGUCUUUAAUUUUAUUUCUUAAGUAUUUCAUGGUAUUCUUGUGUGUAAUAUUUUAAAAGUAAGUGAACACUAAAUUAGCUGUUUCUCAGUGUAAGCACUGAGCAUGUAGGAACAGAAAUAGAAUUAAGAUGAACAUUUUUUAUCACUGACAUGAGAAUUAUAGGAAAAUGAGAAUCUUAAGACCAUUUUUUUACAUGUAUAAAUUUAUUUAUUUACUUUUGGCUUACUGGGUCUCAGUUGCUGUGCAGACUUCUCUCUGGUGCGGUGAGCAGGGCUGCCCUAAUUAUGAUGCGAGGGCUCCUCAUUGCAGUGGCUUCUCCUGCUGUGGAGCACCGGCUCAGUAGUUAAUGGCGGAUGGGCUUAGCUGCUUUGUGGCAUGUAGGAUCUUCCUGGAGCAGAGAUCCAACCUGUGUCUCCUUCAUUGGCAGGCAGAUUCUUAACCACUGAACCACCAGGUAAGCCCAUUAAGAGUAUUCUAGUUUUUUACUAGAAUCACUAUCCUUAAAAAUUUUUUUUUGAUUGACAUAUAGUUGACAUAUUAGUUUCAGGUGUGCAGCAUAGUGAGUCAGUAUUUGUACAGAUUAUACUCCAUUUAAAUUUAUUACAAAAUGAUGACUGUAUUUCCCUGUGCUGUGCAGUACAUCCUUGUUGCUUAUCUAUUUCUUACAGGGUAUUUCAUCUCUCUUACUCUUCUACCUGUCUCACCUCUCCCUGCUUCCUUCUCCUUGCUGGCAACCACUAGUUUAUUUUUUCUAGCUGUGAAUUUAUUUCUCUUUUGUUAUAUACAUUCAUUUGUUUUGUUUUUGAGAGUCCACAAAGAAGUGAUAACAUGUAGUAUUUGUCUUUGACUUGUUUUACUAAGGGUAAUACUCUCUAGAUCCCUCCACAUUGUUGCAAAUGGAAGAAUUUCUUUUUUAUGGCUAAUACUCCAUUACAUAGCACACCUUUAUCAUUUUGUCUGUUGACAGACAGUGUCCUUUAUU